CAGGCCAGUGGUCACCGCUCUCCGCUGGUGGCUUUGGGUCCCACCGCUACCGUGGAGUCCUUGUGGCUCCUUGUUUACCUAACGUAGUGAAUGCAGUUAGCCCAGGUGGCCAGCCCAACCCUCCACCAGGGUCAUUCCCGCCUACUAAGAUUGCCGGGACCGCUAGCCCUCCAGCUUCCUCCUUCACCAGAUUUUCAGCUACUGAUGUUACAAACAAAAUAUUGCACCAUAGAGUUGAGGAAAAGACUUAAACCAGAUUUUUCUUUAGUCAGUUAAAAAUAUGGAUCCUGAGUCAGAGGGACCACAGAUUAUCAAAGUGACACCCCUUCAACAAAUGUUUGCCUCUUGUACUGGAGCUAUCCUGACAUCACUAAUGGUGACUCCUCUGGAUGUCGUUAAAAUUCGACUGCAAGCGCAAAGGAACCCAUUCUCCAAAGGAAAAUGUUUUGUAUAUAGUAAUGGACUUAUGGAUCAUCUAUGUGUUUGUGAAGAGGAAGGCAACAAAGCAUGGUAUAAGAAGCCAGGACGAUUCCAGGGUACAUUGGAUGCCUUUUUGAAAAUCAUUCGAAAUGAGGGCAUUAAAUCCCUGUGGAGUGGCCUUCCCCCUACUUUAGUGAUGGCAGUUCCUGCCACAGUCAUUUAUUUUACCUGCUAUGAUCAAUUAACUUAUUUUCUGAAAUCAAAAUUAGGAGAAAAUGAAAGUCAUAUACCAAUUGUUGCUGGAAUUGUUGCUAGAUUUGGUGCAGUAACUGUGAUAAGUCCAUUAGAAUUGAUUAGAACCAAGAUGCAAUCUAAGAAGUUUUCUUAUGAAGAAUUACAUCGAUUUAUCAGCAGGAAAGUGUCUGAAGAUGGUUGGAUUUCCCUUUGGAGGGGCUGGGCUCCUACUGUUCUUAGAGAUGUACCAUUCUCAGCACUGUACUGGUAUAACUAUGAAGUUUUAAAGAAGUGGCUGUGUGAGAAAUCUGGUUUAUAUAAACCAACGUUUAUGAUCUACUUUACUUCAGGGGCAUUGUCUGGCUCUAUUGCAGCUAUUGCAACUUUGCCAUUUGAUGUGGUAAAAACACAAAAGCAGACACAACUUUGGAUAGAUGAAUGUCAUAAAAUUUCUAUGCCUUUGCAUAUGUCAACGUGGACUAUCAUGAAGAACAUUGUUGCUAAGAAUGGGUUUGCAGGAUUAUUUACAGGCCUCAUUCCCCGUUUAAUUAAAAUUGCUCCUGCUUGUGCCAUUAUGAUCAGUACCUAUGAAUCUGGGAAGGCUUUUUUCCAGAUGCAAAAUGCCGGAAGACAACAAUACCAGUGAUGCUGUUUCAGCUUGAAGUAACAACCAAAGCCAAAUAAUAAGUUGGAGAUUCUUAGGCAAGAACUCUUACCAUUAUCUCAAAAUGAUUUAUUUUCUAUUUUAUAACUUAAAUGAGUAGUUUCUGCUUUGCCUCUAAAUCAUAAUCCUAAGUUAAAAAUAAAUAGUUACCCUAAUUUUUGAGAUACUGAAAAAGAUAUUCCAGAAAUCACAUCCAUUAAAUGUCCCUGUAAAGAAAAGAAAAAUUAUUCCUAAAUACUGAAAGCAAUAAUCUGAGAGUUUGAUAAUUGAGAAUGUGUAGGAUGUACCAGAACAUUUUGAAUUGUGUUCUGAAUGAUGUGGAGAGUCUAGAAGAAAAAUGCCCAAGUCUUUUAUACAUACCUAAAUCAUGCAUGUAGACAUUUAAGUAUUUCAGCAAAGUAUAUAAUAGAUGGCAGUCUUUAAGUAACAUUAUUUGCAUUUAGCAAAUAAUACCUAUUACUUUCUUUAAUUCAAAUGCAUUAGAUUUUUUUUUUUUUUUUUUUUUUUUUUUACUUCCUGUUGCUGUUUUAAGGCUUCACCAGUGUUAGGAUUUCUUCACUCAAAGGUAUGGCUAUUUUAUCUUUAUGAAUCAAAAUAUAACUUUAUAUGUUAUAGGUGAUAUUUUUGAUGAUUAAAGACUCCAUUAUUCACUGUUUCUGCAAAAGAGGAGUCGUCUUUCUGAUGGUGUUAAAUGUUUGGCACAGUGACUCUUGGCUGAGCAGAAAACCACAUUACAUUUACAUUAGUAAAAUUUAUGUUUCAGCUUAGGAAGGGCCUCUGGUUUCAGCCAUCUUGUAAUUCAGGUAUCACUGUUUGUGGAGUUCUCUAGGUCACUUGUACUGGCUUCUUCUAACACAAUAGAGAUUACUAAUAUAGUAUAAGACACACAAUGUUUCCAAAAUGUCCCUCGAUUUUACACAUCUUCAUGUUAGUAUGCUAGAUCAAGAGACUAAAGAGGCAGCAGUUUCCUUGAAGAAAUAGCUUUCAGUCACUGUAGGCUAACGCCUCAGUAAUGUUGCUUAUGACUGCAGGAAUGAGACAGGGAAGGGUUAUGAAGACAGGACAAAAGUGAUACCCUUUUUUUGUUUUUGUUUCAUUUUCCUAGGAUCUGUAUCCUAUAAGAAAAAGCACUUUAUUGCAGUCUACUUGUAUGCUAGGAAAUGUGAAGUAUUUUUUGUUCUAAAAUAGAGUAAUAUGUUCAGGUGACAGACCUCUAGUGUUUGUAGAGGAACUAAUGUACUUUGUAUUAUAGAAAAGAGUUUAUCUAUUUCACCAGAACAGAUCGUGUGUGUAUGUAGUCUUUUGUGUUUGUUUACCCUCUAUUGAUUUACCUUAAAAUUGCAAUAUCUAUAAAAUCAUAAAUAUUUAUGACUUUGACAUUUUCAUUAAAAUAUUUUGAUUUCUUAAAAGUAUGACUGUGCUUCAAGCUAAAUAUUUGCAUACAAAAUCAUUAUUUUAAUGCUAUACUAUAUAAGAAAGUUUAUUUU